UCUCCCUCCAUCCUGUACAAGUGGGGCCGGGAACCGAGGAUCUGCCGACUCCCACAGCAGCAGCAGCACUACCUCUGUCGGGAUAUACAACACGCAUACUCAUAGGAUUUACACGUAAAAAUAAUAAUAAUACUAGAAGGAAAGCGAGGCAUUUGUGUCCUAUGUUGGAAUUGAAACCGCAGACGGGGGAGCUGGAUUGUGAUGGAGGGUUAGACUGAGAUGAGCAGCGGAUCGGAGGUUUCUAUUUGCUUUUUUUCCUGACAAGAGAGGCCGGGUUAAUCGCUGUUAUAGCUCCUUUUUGAGAGACAGUAAUAUCGGAUUCUUAAUGACCAACCUUUACUGACUGUCAUUAGGCCCCCGUCAUAUUUUCCCCCCUUUUUUUACCUUGAGACGUUGGUUGACAUGUACAUAUUGUUGGUCUUACGAUUGGGUUUUUAGUGUGACUGGCUCGGAUGGAAUCCUAACGGCGGCGACAAAAAAAGACACGGGAGAGGAGGAGACGGGCAAAAAUGUCCAGAUUCUCCUCUGGUUCACUAGUAAUCAGGGGACAUGAAAGUAGAGGAAAAGAAGCGAACGAAUAAACCUCCACUUUCUUCUCAAAUGUUGUGGUGUGAUGCCGGACUCUCCCCUCCAUUCCCAGGAUAUGAGACUUGAAAGAAGACGAUGCAUACAGGAGGAGAGACUUCAGCAUGCAAACCGUCGUCUGUCCGGCUUGCACCAUCCUUUUCAUUCCAUGCUGCUGGGAUUCAGAUGGCUGGACAAAUGCCCCAUUCACAUCAGCAGUACAGUGACCGUCGUCCUCAAAAUCUAAAUGACCAACAAGUACCUGCCUUACCUUACAAUGACCAGGUUCAACAACCUUUGGCAAGCCAGCGACGGAUGCCCCAAACCUUUCGAGAUCCGACUACAGCACCUUUAAGGAAAUUGUCAGUUGACUUGAUCAAAACAUACAAACAUAUUAAUGAGGUCUACUAUGCAAAAAAGAAACGGCGGCAUCAGCAGGGACAAGGUGAUGAUUCUAGUCACAAAAAGGAGAGGAAGGUUUACAACGAUGGUUACGAUGAUGACAACUAUGACUAUAUUGUGAAAAAUGGGGAGAAGUGGAUGGAUCGAUAUGAAAUUGACUCUCUCAUUGGGAAAGGUUCUUUUGGCCAGGUUGUAAAGGCAUAUGACCGCGUGGAGCAGGAGUGGGUGGCAAUUAAAAUUAUAAAGAACAAGAAAGCUUUCCUAAAUCAAGCCCAAAUUGAAGUACGGCUUCUUGAGCUGAUGAACAAACAUGACACAGAGAUGAAGUACUAUAUUGUGCAUUUAAAACGUCACUUCAUGUUCCGGAAUCACCUCUGUUUAGUGUUUGAAAUGCUGUCCUACAACCUCUAUGAUUUACUGCGUAACACCAAUUUUCGUGGUGUUUCUCUCAACCUGACACGAAAGUUUGCACAGCAGAUGUGCACUGCAUUGCUGUUUUUGGCAACUCCAGAACUUAGUAUCAUUCACUGUGACCUAAAGCCUGAGAAUAUCUUACUUUGUAAUCCUAAAAGAAGCGCAAUUAAGAUUGUUGACUUUGGAAGUUCAUGUCAAUUAGGCCAGAGGAUAUACCAAUAUAUUCAGAGUCGAUUUUAUCGGUCUCCAGAGGUCUUACUGGGAAUGCCUUAUGAUCUUGCUAUUGACAUGUGGUCCCUUGGUUGCAUUUUAGUAGAAAUGCACACUGGAGAGCCUCUUUUCAGUGGAGCCAAUGAGGUAGACCAGAUGAAUAAAAUUGUAGAGGUUUUAGGAAUACCAACUGCUCACAUCCUUGACCAGGCACCAAAAGCAAGAAAAUUCUUUGAAAAGUCAUCAGAUGGCAUUUGGAACUUAAAAAAGACCAAAGAUGGAAAAAAGGAGUACAAACCAGCAGGAACCCGAAAACUUCAUAUUAUACUUGGAGUUGAAACUGGAGGACCUGGUGGAAGACGGGCAGGAGAAUCAGGUCACACUGUAGCUGAUUACUUGAAAUUUAAAGACCUAAUUUUAAGGAUGCUGGACUAUGAUGCCAAAACCCGUAUUCAGCCGUACUAUGCUCUGCAGCAUAGUUUCUUCAAGAAAACUGCAGAUGAAGGUACAAAUACAAGUAAUAGUGUAUCGACAAGUCCAGCAAUGGAGCAGUCCCAGUCAUCCGGAACCACUUCUAGUACAUCAUCUAGCUCAGGUGGUUCUUCAGGGACGAGUAACAGUGGAAGAGCAAGGUCCGAUCCAACACAUCAACACAGACAUAGUGGUUUUACUGCUGCUGUUCAAGCUAUGGAUUGUGAGGCACACAGUCCUCAGAUUCGACAACCAUUUCCUCCGCCUGUUGGUUGGACAGUCACUGAAGCCCCUACAACACAAGUUACUAUUGAAACUCAUCCUGUUCAAGAAACUACAUUUCAUGUGCCCCCUUCACACCAAAAUGUAUCACAUCACCAUGGGAAUAACUCUCACCAUCAUCACCACCAUCAUCACCACCACCACCAUGGACAAGUCCUGGGUAGCCGGACGAGGCCUAGAGUCUACAAUUCUCCGUCAAAUAGCUCCUCCACCCAGGAUUCAAUGGACGUUGGUCAUAGUCACCACUCCAUGACAUCCUUGUCUUCCUCAACUACUUCUUCCUCAACAUCUUCCUCUUCUACUGGCAACCAAGGCAAUCAGGCCUACCAGAAUCGCCCUGUGGCUGCUAACACCUUGGACUUUGGACAGAAUGGAACUUUGGAUGUUAAUUUAACAGUCUAUUCUAAUCCCCGCCAAGAGACUGGCAUUGCUGGACAUCCAACGUACCAAUAUUCUGCUAAUACAGGCCCUGCUCAUUAUGUUACGGAAGGACAUCUGACAAUGAGACAAGGAAUUGAUAGAGAAGAGUCUCCCAUGACAGGAGUUUGUGUUCAGCAAAGUCCUGUGGCUAGCUCGUGACUAAAUUGAAAAUAGGUUUGUUUGUGUGUUUGUAUUUUUUUAUUGGGUUUUUUUUUUUUCUUUUUUUUUUUUUUUCUUUGUUUAUUUUUUAGAAGUGGUGUUUUUUUCCUUUUUCUCAAAAAGUGCAAAAGCUGCUUUAAACAGAAGGAGAGAUAAACACAUUUAGCCGCUACAACAGGGAAAAGCUGACUAUUUUUUUAAACUUGAAAUGAUUGCAAAGGGACAAUGAAGUGAAACUAUUUUUAUUUUUUUAAAGAGCUGUGUCCACACCCACCUUAUUGGAUAGCUCAAAGGUAUCACCUCUCCUUUUGCUUCCCCAUUUAAUGCUGUACAUUCUUAUCACAGUUGUUUUAUAAAAGUAUAUAUAUAUGUAUUUGUAUAUACAUAUAUAUUUAUAUAUUUUAACCAUAGUAAGUUAUACUGAACAUAGUUGCCAACAUGAUAAAACAGCAUUAUCAAAAAUGCUCUCCUUUUAAGUCCUUUUUGGGGCUAAAUGUUUCCAAAACCUGGGCACAGACAUGCAGUACUUUAAGGAAGAGGGGCCUUCAACCUUGUAAACAUACAAACCAUUGUUAACAAUCUAAAGGGACGGUUAAAUUGUGGUUGUAAUGCAGAGUCAACAUUCUAAGUGUCGAUAAUCAGAAUCUCCUAGUCUGAAUCUGCGAAUCAAAGCAGCAGUUAAAUGGGAUUUCAUUGGUCUUCCCAUUUUGAAGACCAGUCAGCUACAUCUGAAAUUCGACAUGUCCCAUUAUUAAAGUGCACUGAGAAGCAAUCAACAGGUCAUUCGUGGCCAAUCCUGGGAAGGUCAAGUGGUGGUCUUUGGGAUAACCUUUGGCCUUAUGGAUUUGGACUCUAAGUUAGAAGAGCCUUCCAUUUCAGAUGCAAUCACUUUUGGACAUGCUUUUUCAGACAGUCUUUAAUGCUGAAAACACAGAAUGGGGUAAUUCAAGAGGCCUUUCUUUUAAAUAGACUUUUGUGACCCACUAAUUGUAGAGUUUUGCAAGGUCACUUUGCGUGUGUCAUAAAGCUGACUUCCUUAAUGGUUGAAGGUCACAGAAGUAGUGGUUUGCGUUUGUUGGAAAUAGCUACACCUGUGUCCCUUCCUGCUUUUUUUUUUAUUUACCCCCCUAACUUUUUUUUUUUCUUUCUUCCUUCCUUCCUUUCUUUCUUUCUUUCUUUCUCUCUUAUUUUUCUUUUUUUUCUCGGCACGUGGUUUUGCCACCAUUACUUCUGCACAAAGAUGUCUUCUGUUCAUCUUGAACGUUUUUAAAAAAAAAAAUGCAGAAUUUUAUGUGACUGCUUAUUUUUGCCUCACAAUUAUGCUGUGAAUUUUACAAAAAAAUAUUUUCCUUUUUUGAUAAUUUAUUGUACCAAAGCUGUUUUUAUAGCACAUAGAUGUCUGUAACCAAUAAUGUAGCAGUUCUGCACUUUGGCACAAGGUGUAACUAGACAGUUUUUAAAUGUCAGUUGAAAAUUAUAACUGUAUUAUUGCUUAUACAAAACUGGAACUGUUGCUUGACUCCUAGCUAAAACUUUACAGAAAUCUGCUCAGAUUAUUCAAAUACCACAGCAUAUUAUUCUCACAUAUUUAGCUUUAUUAAUGUGGGGUUCCUAUAUUGUAAAGAAAUUCAAAAUAUACAUAUAUAUUCUAAAGCUUUUUAUCAGUUAGUCAUCUUUGGUUAAGAGACACAAAAUCGAAGGAACAUUUCUGACAGGAUAAAGAUGCUUAACAUUCUGCUGUAUGUAAAGCUAAAAGACUUUGGAAAAUGUAGGCUGUUAUUUUAAGGUGCCUCAUUUUAGUCAUAUUCUGCCUUAGCCAAUUUUGCAGUUGCAAAUGAUACACCCUCAUUGGCCUACAAAAUUAACUAUACGUGAAAUGAAGAAUAAAAUUUAUUUUUCUAUAUUGUUCAACUAAAUUGUUGUUUCCCAUGAUAAUAAAACUUGAUAAAUAUAUCAAAUUAUUUUUCCACAUAUUAACUCAAUCACGCACUUAUAUUAUUGCAUUAUGGGUAGAAAUUCAAGUCUAACUGACCUUUAAACCAUAUUGUUUUUAAUACAUUACUUUGUCUCCCUUUUAAAUCAACUGUUUUCUGUUUGUUUGGUUUUUUUUUUGGGGGGGGGGGGUUAUGCUGAGUUUUUAAAUUGGUAUGUGUGAUGUAUUUAUUUAGCUGACCCUAUUCAGAAAUUCCAAUUUUAAUUGCUUUUUUUAUUUUUUACCAUCCUUUUGGCAAAUGCUCAAUUUUAUAGACUUAUUUUAUUUAUUAAAAGAAAGUAAAAUCAGUAAAUUGGGGGUGGGGGGAUCUUUUACCUACCCAUAUUUUCUGCUUAUGUUACAGUCCAGUUUUGUGUGCUUUACUACACAGCUUGGUUACAGGACGUCUGUGCAUUGUAAACAAACAGCAUGGAAAAAGGUUAUAUACCUGUGUUCAGAUUGUAAGACCUAGUCCGGACUUGCUGUGUAUAUUGUACGUUAAAUGAAAAAGAAAAGCCCUUUGUAUUAUAGUCAUGCAGUCUUAUGUAUGAUAAACAGUUGAAUAAUUUCUGCUCAGACUCUUUACUUUGCUAUUUUUAAUUUAUAAAAAUAGAAACCUUGAAAUUUGCAUUUUUCUAUGCAGUUAAAUUAUUUUCUGCAACUUGUUUUUAUUUCUGUAGUCUAAAGCUCUAGUGAAACUUGAGUUUCAAACAGCAUGUUUCCAAAAUGAUUUCAAAUUUGAGUUUAUUUUCCAUAGUGUUUUGUAUUCACAACUGGAACUAAUGUUCUCUCAUUAUAGUAAAUACAUUUUUAUUUAUUUUUUUAUUUUUUUUUUAAACAUUUUGCAGAGUUUUGCUAUAUCAUUUAAGUUACUCACAAAUGCCUUUAACUAUAUUCACUCAGUGAACUGCUGGAUGCAUUUUUAUGGCAAAUUGUUAUCCAGUAAGAAUGUUAAGAACCCAACUAUUAUUAUCUCUUAUAAUGCUGGCUAGAUUAUAGGAAGCUUUGCCUUUAACUUGCCUUACUUGAAGUGAAGGUGGCAUUAGUUACCUAACACUGGGUGGCAGAUUACAGCAGAUGUAAUCUGUCACACAAAUCCGAUAUAUAUUUGUAUGAAAUACUAAAUAUACACAGCAUAUAUUUUGCUCAUCAAAAGGGCAAAUCCAAAAUACUAUAUAACUUUGUGUGUAUUAAACUCAAAGCCAGCUUUAGUUCCAUGAUGUUGUAUCAACUGAUUUUUAUUUGCUUACUGUAAAGACAAUUAAAAAUUAGAUCAAUUUAUUUAACUGAGCACCAAACGUUUGACUGCCUCCAGAAACCUCUACCUUUCUUCAACAAAUGUAAUAACAUACAUUUAGAGUUUCCACCUCCAAUUGCGAUUUUGUGUUAAGACUUGGUUGUCAUGUGCGUCAUAGUUAAGUACUUUCAUUUUUAACUUUCCCUUUUUUUUAUUCUUUUUUUUCUUCUUCCGUUUUUUUUUUGUUUGUUUUUUUUUGGCAUGUUCUGGUGCCCGUUUAUAGGAUUUUUUAUUUCUAAGCAUCAUUAAAAAGCAUCACAAAAGUACAUUUGUAUUCCCUUGAAUGGAACUGAAUGGCAGUUAUUUUGCCAUUUGAAAGUGGCAUAUUUUUGUAUUCUUAACUGUAGAUUUAAGGAUUACUUUCACCACAAAAUGUAUUUUGUCAUACUCCCUUUUAAUCUGUAUAUAAAUGCAGCUUAAUAAAUAAGUGUACAGUUUACUCCUCAACGGUGUUUUCUUCACUACUCCUUGACCUCUUAAAGCAAGGACAUAACAUGGAAAGUAGAAUGAUGUCAUUUUGUCACAAGUACUGAUGUCUAUAUAAGUUGAAAAUACCGUAUUGCAUUGUUUAUAAAUGAUAAAGAAUAAAUUAACAACAAAAUGACAUCAGCUGCCCUUCCAUGAAAUGCUAUGGUUCAAACUGCCUGAGGAAGAGAUAGCAGUGACCAAAACACAUUGGUAAUUUCUACUAUUUUUUGAAGAUAGAAGCAGAUUGUUUUUUAUUUGUAAUGAAACAUGGGUUUGAGAACAAGAAGAUAUGCCAGUGAUCCGAGUGUAAAAACCAACACUAUUAAAAUAAAUUUUCUGCAUUCA